ACUUCGCAGCUCACGCGUGUGUGUCGUUUCACCACGCAUGCGCGCAGAAAGAAGUUGCGUUGCGCUCUGGAUGCGUCAUGGGCGGCUGGGCUGGGCGCUCCGCCCCAUUCCUCUCUCUCCCUCGCUCACUGGCCUGGGGCGUCCCGGGCCGCACGCGGAGCAGGCCGGGGGGAGUUAAAAAGAAGAGACUAACAUGGUUGAAAACUCUCCAGCCCCAUUGCCUGAAAGAGCAAUAUAUGGGUUUGUUCUUUUCUUAGGCUCCCAGUUUGGCUUUAUGUUAUACCUUGUAUGGGCGUAUGUUCCUGAAUCUUGGUUAUUCUCAUUGGGACUAACCUACUGGCCUCAAAAGUACUGGGCAGUUGCUUUGCCUGUAUACCUUCUAGUUACUUUAGGAAUUGGCUAUAUACUACUCUUUGGUAUUAACAUGAUGAGUACUGCUCCACUUAACUCCAUGCACACCAUUACAGAUAACUUUGCAAAAAAUCAGCAGCAGAAGAAAUCUCAAGAAGAAGCAAUCCCUGCAUUGAGGGAUAUUCCCAUUAGUGAAGUAAACCAAAUGUUUUUCCUUGCUGACAAAGGCAUUUGUAACAGAAAUUAAUUGGAACCAGACCCUGUUAGAAUAAGACACUACAGUACUUCAAUAAUUUUUUAGAAACCCAUUGUAAGAAAAGUCAAAGGCUUGUCAGUGCUAAGAAAUCUAACUCUUUCAACAACUGGAAUAGAUGAAUUUGUAUCUAAAUUAAGCUGUGGUCAACACUGGUUCACCCUGUGUGGCAUAGAGUACUGAACCGGGACUCAGAAGAUAGGGGUUCUAUUCCCAGCUCUGCUACUAGCCUGCUGGGUGACCUUGAGCAUGUCACUUCACCACUCUGCUUUGAUUUCCCCAUCUGUACUAUGCAUAUGAUACUGACCUUUAUAAAGUGCGUUGAGAUCUACUGAUAAGUGUUAAUUAAGAGCUAUGUAUUAUUAUUUAUUAUUAAACAAAUUGAUGAUUGUUGAAAUGGUUUUAUUUCUUAAUGUAGAGAGACCUACAGUAUUAAAUAACAAAAUACUUCAUUCUGGGAACUGAAUUCUUCCAUAUACAUUUGUUUAGCUAUGCUCUGGAUCCGAAGUAAUCUGUUCAGUUACCCCUAGAUUUUUUUUUUCUUGCACAUUGAGGGUGGGAUAUUCCAAAGCAUUUAAUGUUUGGCUUAAUUCUACUCUCAUUGACUUCAGUGGGAGGGAGCAGAGUUAGGCCAACACUGAGUGCUCUUAAAUAUCCCACCCUUUUUUUGACCAGUCAUAGUAAAUUAAAGUGUAUGCAUUGUGACUGUACAGUAAUAUUAAUAAAAUGUUUUAAUUGUCUAAAA